CAGAGAGUAUAUAACGAAUAAUCACACGAGACAUAAGACGGCGUUGAUUGCAAAUGACACUUGUAUUUUGCCGAGUCGUAAUUUUGUUGAUGUGAACUACAAUUGUUUUGAAAAUAACUUCACAAUAAUGGCAGAAUCUCCUGUAGAUGUUGACAAUGCUAAAGACACAAAUCCAGGACUGCAAUCAUCAGUCAGUGUUGAAACAUGCCCUGGCACAGAGGAAAUAGAUGAUCGUGAAGAUGAAGGCGAGAAACCCAAAGAGAUACUGAUUGUUGAUCCAGACACUGAGGAACUGGACAUGAACCACCAGAAGAUUAAGUGCCUGGAAAACUUGGAACCGCUCACCAAAGUGGAGCGCCUGUACUUCCGCUGGAACCUGAUCAAGAAGAUAGAGAAUCUGGAAACGCUAGUGACUCUGAGAGAGCUGGAGCUGUAUGACAACCAGAUUACGACGCUGGAAAACCUUGACAGCCUCGUGAACCUGGAAGUCCUGGAUGUGUCGUUCAACCGUGUGCAUGAGAUCAAGGGUCUGGGACAGCUGCACAAGUUGGAGAAACUGUAUCUGUGCGCAAACAAGAUCUCGCGUAUCGAGAAUGUGAACCAUCUUAAGAACUUGACGCUGCUCGAGUUGGGGGACAACAAGAUUCGGGUCAUCGAGAACCUGGAAGGACUCGACAGCUUGAAGUGCCUGUACCUGGGGAAGAACAAGAUAACAAAAAUCCAGAAUCUGGAUGCACUGCGCACUCUGCAGGUGCUCAGUGUUCAGAGCAACCGGUUGACCAAGAUCGAGAACCUGGAAGGCCUGACGCGGCUCGACCAGCUGUACCUGUCCGAGAACGGACUGACGAAGAUCGAGGGCCUGGACAGAAAUCUGGAGAUCUCAACCCUUGACCUCGCCAACAACAAGAUCCGCGCGAUCGAGAACGUUCAGCACCUGAGCAAACUGGAGGAGUUUUGGCUGAACAACAACCUGGUGGACGACUGGUCGAGCGCCCAGAGCCUCGCUGGCAACAAGAAGCUGCUCACCGUCUACUUGGAGCACAAUCCGGUGGCGAAGGACCCCGGCUACCGACGCAAACUCAAGAUCAUCUUGCCCUGGGUUUCCCAGAUCGACGCGACGUUGUGCAGGUGAACGCGCUGGGAACGCGUUCCAAUCUUUUUAGCUAGCGUAGGAGCCCCGUGGGGGUUGGAAGGUGCGUGAAUUCUGUGUAUGAGGACCAAUCGCAAAGUCUCUGUUCCCCUCAAAUGUUGUGUAUUAAUAAAUUGUAUUAUCAGAUGUUUCAAAAAAUAAAAUUCUGUGUAACGUCAAA